UAGAACCAUGAGCGGAAUUGUGGAGGAGUUGCACGCAUGCAGUGUAAGGUGUUGGGAUGUGGAAAAUGGCUGCCAGAGAAGAGAGCCCUGGACGUCCAUCGGACAGACGAGUGGUGUCCCAUGAUACUCAUCAUGAAAGCCAGGCUUAACCAUGCAGAGAUCGUACAUCUGAGUAUGAGGGAAACUUGGGACUGGACUUGUGGGCAUGUCCUGAGAAGUGAUAUACCCCAUGUGAGAAAGUUAAUCGACAGGUUAGUACGUGUGUACAGUGUACUUGAUCCCAAAGUACCAACCGCGUUGGAAAAUGAUGGGUAUUUUACAGUCGAGCAGUCAAGCCUUACUGUUGACUGUCCUGGUAAAUCAAAGAAGAGAGAAAUGAAAGUUCUAAAAAGAGAGGUCGAAGAUCUCUUGAAGAGUCUGGAUGAUUUCAAAAGGAUUAAUAAGCCUAAUGGAGUCGAUGACAACCUACAAAAGAAAUACCAAGUGCUAGAGCGACAUGUUACUUCUCUUCGUCAGUAUGGACAGAAGAUGAAUCAAAGAUUGGAGAUGCUGGAGACCUCUAACAACGGAGUAUGUGUCUGGAAGAUUGCAAACUACAAUGAGAAGAAGAAGGAUGCCAUGAAAACAAACGUGAAAUCAAUCUGUUCGCCGCCGUUCUACACCAGUCAGUACGGAUACAAGCUUUGUGGACGAGUUUUCCUGAUGGGAGAUGGCGUAGGGAAAGGCACGUACAUCUCACUGUUUCUAACGAUCAUGAAAGGUUCGUUUGAUGCAGUGCUGCCCUGGCCAUUCAAGGAGAGGAUUACAUUCCAGCUAGUCAACCAAGACGAUUCUAUUAACAAGAGUAUCGUGGAGGCCUUCAGACCUGAUCCCGCAAGCUCUUCGUUCAAGAAACCAACCACAGAGAAGAACAUCGGAGCUGGAUGCCCCUUGUUUGCCAAGAUCCAAAUAAUCGAGGAUCCAAAGUCAGGAUUUAUCCGAGACAACACAAUGUACUUAAAGAUCAUCUGUCAGACAUCUGAUGUCCCUGAGAUCAAGUAAAGCCAGAAGUGGCUUGAAAACAGAACCCGAUAGAAUGAUAUGUCGCUGGUUUGCCAUGGUGUGGGAAAACUGAACUCCGUGGUAUACAAUUGUUCUUUUGAUAGGCAUUGGUAGGAAAUACAACGCCUCAGUUGUCUAGAAUGUGGACAGGGGGUAAGGAUAGGUUUAUCCCGGAGCUGCUGUAACAAAAAUCCAAUAAAUCUGCCCCCUCCUCAAACUGGCGCUUCUGUUAUUUUGUAUACAUUUUUUAUUUCAUGAAGCGUUUUUGACAUUCUUU